GCUUGUGACAGUUUUUUUUCGGGAGAUUGGUCUCUAGAGAGACAUUUCCCAAUAUGUAAAAGUCUCGAAAAUACGACGUACUCUUAUGCUUUGAUUCUGCUUUUUUGUGUUGAUGAUCUUGUCAAUCAAGUAUUGCUGUUUGUUAUUUUUUUAUAUUAAGUUCUUACAAAUUUCUUGGUUUGCUUCUUCCUUUUUACGUUUUCCUGCUUGUUUAUCCUUUUAUGAGCAUUAAUUGAAGCUGGUUUCCAUAAAAAUUCUACUGUAAUUGAAACAGUUUUUGUUUAUAUUUAAAUUACGUGAUACCAUUCCUUAUGUUGGGAAGUUUUCGAAUUCUUGAACCCGAAUUUAUGACUUGUUGUGGUAAUUCAUGAGGUUUGAUUGGUAUUUAUUUAUUUUGGUGUUAAAUUAUGAACACAGAUUCUGUGUCACUUUCUUGACUUGAUUCUGAAAACUCUUACGUAUUCACCUCCACUUUGAAACAACUUUGUUGGUAGUGAUGCUCUCUCUCUUGUAUAAUCCAAUUCCCCUCAAAAUUGAUGCCUUUUGUCCACUGUUUUGGUGGCUCCCUGAACUAAUACCAAGAUAUGCUGUCUUCUCGUUGCAGGUGUUGUGUAGCUUAAAUUGAAAGGUGACGGUAGGGGAUUCAGAUUUGUAGAAGAAUGUGGAUUUUUGGGUUUGGGUCCCGAAAUUGAAAGGUGUCUCUUUUUCUAGUGUUUCUGUGGGUGAUCUAUUGAUUAUAUACUAGGUGUGUGUGUGCGUGUACAUUAAAAAAAAAAAAGCAAGCAGAAAGAGAGAGAGAGAUGAUAAAUUAAUGAAAUAAGACUUAGGACGGUGGUGUCAAUUUUGAGCAAGUGGGAGUGUCUCUUCUUUUAUUUAUCAUGUUUGAGAGAGUUUAGAGGCCAUGUCUCCUUGAUUAACCUUCUCUGUCCGGUGUCCUUGGACUCUGUUACCAUUUUCGUUAGCAACCAUUUCACUUUAUUACAAAACCACACUAUCCCCAUUUACUCUCUUUCCCUCCUCGACCUCGUUCUGUGGGCAAGAUCCGUUCAUACUACGAAGCUCGUCAAAACAUUUUAUUUGUUUUCUUAGUCUUCCUGGCGAUUUUAGCUUGCAAAGUUUUGGAUUUCGUGGAGUUUGGGAAUUUGAAUUUUUGAAGGUGAAGCUGAGGGACUUAUCUUUGUUAGGCAAAUAUGAAAUUUAUGAAACUUGGAUCCAAGCCUGAUUCGUUUCAGGCCGAUGAGGACAACAUCAGGUAUGUUGCAACUGAGUUGGCAACGGACAUAGUGAUUAAUAUUGGGGGUGUGAAAUUCUAUCUGCACAAGUUUCCACUGCUAUCCAAGAGUGAACAUCUGCAGAAGCUGGUUGCGAGCACAAGUGAUGAUGGUGAUGAAAUUCUUAUCCAGGAGAUUCCUGGUGGACCUGCUGCUUUUGAGAUAUGUGCAAAGUUCUGUUAUGGUAUGACUGUCACUCUCAAUGCAUACAAUGUGGUUGCAGCUCGGUGUGCAGCAGAGUACCUUGAGAUGUAUGAAAGUGUUGAGAAAGGAAACCUUGUCUACAAGAUUGAUAUCUUCCUAAAUUCCAGCAUCUUUCGCAGCUGGAAAGAUUCUAUUAUCAUCCUUCAAACCACAAAAUCUCUUCUUCCAUGGGCUGAAGAAUUAAAGUUGGUUAGCCAUUGUCUUGAUUCCAUAGCUACAAAGGUUUGCAUGGAUACUACCAAGGUGGAGUGGACAUACACCUAUAACAGGAAAAAGCUCCCAUCUGAGAACGGGAAAGAUCCUCUGUGGAAUGGUGUAAGAAGACCCCAAGUAGUUCCUAAAGAUUGGUGGGUAGAAGAUCUUUGUGAACUUCAAAUCGAUUUAUACAAAAGGGUAAUUACAACAAUAAAAACAAAAGGAAGAGUCUCCAGUGAUUUAAUUGGAGAAGCCCUGAUUGCAUAUGCCUUGAGAAGACUGCCAGGUUUUAGCAAGGGAAUUGUGCAGAGUGGCGAUAUUACAAAAUACAGGUCAUUAGCUGAGACCAUUGUCCGGCUGCUGCCCACAGAGAAAGGCAGUGUUCCCUGUGGUUUCAUGCUUAGGUUGUUAAGAGCAGCAAUAUUGUUAGAAUGUGAAGAAACGGAAAGGAAUGAAUUGAUGAGAAGAAUAAGUCAACAGCUCGAUGAGGUUACAGUGGCUGAUCUUUUGAUUCAAUCUUCAACAAGGGAAACAACAAUGUAUAAUGUUGAUAUUGUGCAAGGCCUAGUAGAGAUGUUUGUGGCUCAUGAACAGAAUGCUAAGAAUGCUCUUCUUGUAGACAGUGACUUCCAGGAGAAUAGAAGCCCCAGGUUUGCAUCAGAUGCUUCCAAAGUGCUCGUGGCAAAGCUGGUCGAGGGUUAUCUUGCCGAAAUUGCCCGAGAUCCCAAUUUAUCUCUCUCAAAGUUUGUCAAUCUUGCUAACACGGUAUCAAGCUUUGGAAGAGCAUCACAUGAUGGAUUGUACCGCGCCAUCGAUAUGUAUCUUAAGGAACACCCUGGGAUCAGCAAGAGUGAGAGAAAGACAAUAUGUAGGUUGAUGGAUUGCAGGAAGUUGUCAGCAGACGCGUGCAUGCAUGCUGUGCAAAAUGAGCGGUUACCCUUGCGAGUUGUUGUACAGGUUCUCUUCUUUGAGCAGAUUAGGCAAGCAACAUUAUCUGUAGACAACAGCACUCAAGAACUACCUGGGUCUAUUAGGGCCUUACUCCCGGGUGGGUCUCAUGGGAGCUCAAGAUCGACAACCAAUACAGAAGAGGACUGGGAUGCUGUGCCAACAGCUGAAGAUGUCAAGGCUUUGAAAGGAGAACUUGCCACUCUAAGGCUAGGGGGCAGUGGCAGCGAUAGAAAUCUGAAUGAUGGCGCCAAAAAUGAUGCUGAAAAAGUUGCAGCUGGUAAACUGAAAGGUUUAGUCAUGUCAAAGAUCUUUUCGAAGCUGUGGUCAAACAAAGAGCGAAAUGGUGAGAUUAGCAGUUCCGAUACAUCGGGUUCUGCCACUGCAGAGGAGACAAAAUCUACUCCUUCAAGAAGCAGAAGGCAUUCAGUAUCAUUGUCAGAACACCCUUAAGCAAAAAAGUAAAGCAUGGGCUUGUUGUUGGGCUUGUAAAAUUAUCUCAGUAAGUUGACCACUAGGGAAUUCUUAGAAUUCACUGACGAUUGCCAGCGGAAUCUCCACUGCGAUUUUCCAUGUAAAAGAGGGCUAUUUUUUAUUUUUAGCACAUUCAAAAAAAAAAAAUUGGCAAAAUAACCAGAAAUGCAACUUUUAUAGCUUGUUGCCACUUGGAAUAA